CGCCCGCAGCCAGCGACCCGCCGCGGGCGCGCCCCCGCUCUGCGCUGUCUCCGAUGGCGUCCGCCUCCGGGGCCAUGGCGAAGCACGAGCAGAUCCUGGUCCUCGACCCUCCCACAGACCUCAAAUUCAAAGGCCCCUUCACAGAUGUAGUCACUACAAAUCUUAAGUUGCGAAAUCCAUCGGAUAGAAAGGUGUGUUUCAAAGUGAAGACUACAGCACCUCGUCGGUACUGUGUGAGGCCCAACAGUGGAAUUAUUGACCCAGGGUUGACUGUGACUGUUUCAGUAAUGCUGCAGCCUUUUGACUAUGACCCCAAUGAGAAGAGUAAACACAAGUUUAUGGUACAGACCAUCUUUGCUCCACCAAACAUUUCAGAUAUGGAAGCCGUGUGGAAAGAGGCAAAACCCGAUGAAUUGAUGGAUUCUAAAUUGAGAUGUGUAUUUGAGAUGCCCAAUGAAAAUGAUAAAUUGAAUGACAUGGAACCCAGCAAAGCCGUUCCCCUGAACGCUGUGAAGCAGGACGGGCCCGUGCCAAAGCCACACAGUGUUUCCCUCAAUGAUACUGAGACGAGAAAGCUCAUGGAAGAGUGCAAGAGGCUCCAGGGAGAGAUGAUGAAGCUAUCGGAAGAAAACCGACACCUGAGAGAUGAAGGCUUAAGGCUCAGAAAGGUAGCACAUUCGGAUAAACCUGGAUCCCCCUCAGCUGCAUCCUUCAGAGAUAAUGUCACCAGUCCUCUUCCUUCACUUCUUGUUGUAAUUGCAGCCAUUUUCUUUGGAUUCUUUCUAGGGAAAUUCAUCUUGUAGAGUGAAGCAUGCAGAGUGCUAUUUCUUUUUUUUUCUCUUGACCAGAAAAAGAUUUGUUUACCUACCAUCUCACUGGUAGUGUGGCCCACGGUGACCAUUCUUUGUGUGUACAGCGUCAUAUAGGCCUCGCCUGUAACAGUCUCACGGUUAGAAACACAGUAAGAGCAGAGUGUUGGGCUCCCGGACAGCGUGAACGUCACCAGACCAUCCCUAGCAGGUGUCAUUGCACAUUCAGUCCUUUAUGAAAUUCAUAAGUAAAGAAUUGUUCUUUCUUUGUGGUUUUAAUAAGAGUUCAAGAAUUGUUCAGAGUCUUGUAAAUGUUAUUUUAAUAAUCCCUUAAAUUUUAUCUGUUGCUGUUACCUCUUGAAAUAUGAUUUAUUUAGAUUGCUAAUCCCACUCAUUCAGGAAAUGCCAAGAGGUAUUCUGUGGGGAAAUGGUGCCUCUUACAGUGUAAAUUUUCUCCUUUACCUUUGCUAAUAUCAUGGCAGAAUUUUUCUUAUCCCUUGUGAGGCAGUUGUUGACUGAGUUUUUCAUCCUUCCAACCCUGUCCCAUGGUAUUUAACACAAAAAUAAUAAAACUGUU